AUGCCGACGGUGAACUCCAAUUCGUACGUCCACGGGAACCACAACGCGCCUCCGCCUCCGCCCCAGUCGACACAACACUACGGAGCCCACGGGCACUCGUUUCAAUACUCGCAAUGUACCGGGCGCCGCAAAGCCCUGCUGAUCGGCAUCAACUACUUCAACCAGCGAGGCCAGCUCAGGGGGUGUAUCAAUGAUGUCAGAAACAUGUCGGCCUAUCUCGUGGAAAACUAUGGUUACAAGCGCGAGGACAUGGUCAUCCUCACGGACGACCAGCAAAACCCCAUGAGCCAGCCGACCAAGCAGAACAUUUUGAGGGCCAUGCACUGGCUCGUCAAGGAUGCCCGGCCAAACGACUCGCUUUUUUUCCACUACUCCGGUCACGGUGGGCAAACAAAAGACCUCGACGGCGACGAGGAGGAUGGCUACGACGAGGUGAUCUACCCCGUCGACUUCCGCCAAAACGGCCACAUCACCGACGACGAGAUGCACCGCAUCAUGGUGCGCCCCCUGCAGGCGGGCGUCCGCCUCACGGCCAUCUUCGACUCGUGCCACUCCGGCACCGCCCUCGACCUUCCCUACAUCUACUCCACCCAGGGCAUCCUCAAGGAGCCCAACCUCGCCAAGGAGGCCGGCCAAGGCCUGCUCAGCGCCGUGUCGGCGUACAGCCGCGGCGACCUCGGAGGCGUUGCCAACAACAUCAUGGGCUUCUUCAAGAAGGCCAGCGGCAGCGAGGACGCCUAUGCGAGGACAAUGGCUAUCAAGACAUCGCCCGCGGAUGUCAUCAUGUUUUCGGGGAGCAAAGACGACCAGACCUCCGCCGACGCGACCAUCGCCUCGCAAGCGACCGGCGCCAUGUCCUGGGCAUUCAUCACUGCCCUCAAGAAGAACCCGCAGCAGAGCUACGUGCAGCUGCUCAACAGCAUCCGCGACGAGCUGCAGACCCGGUACACCCAGAAGCCCCAGCUCUCGUGUAGCCAUCCGCUCGAACCAUAUGGAUUAUGA